UGGGACGCCACUGGGGUCCGCGUCGCUGCUACGCAGCGGCAGGCGCUGGGAGUGACCAAGCGCUCUGCUGGUUUGGUUGCCUGCGUCUCACUUUUGGAAGUGGGGGAUUAUUUGGGGAGGGAUCCUGGUUUUGUGUAUUUUUGAGAAGAACGUAGAUAGUCCUUUCCUGGAACGGGAGAGCGGCCCGGUCCUAGUGCCCGCUAAUACUAGGGGCUGUGGAGCGGACGGAGGUUGUGGCCCUACCUAAGCGUGACCUCGCUCCGCGAAGCCGCCCGCGGGGCGCUGAUGGCCGAACGCAUUCUGGGAAAGACUUUAGCCACGGUGUCUCUCUCUGUGGCCUUGGCCUCUGUGACUGUCAAGUCCUCGGGCUGUUGCAGCAUUCCGGCGUGCAGAAACUCAUUUUUAUCCUGUGGGUUUCAUCUUAACUCCAACAUCAUGUCUAGUUCUAAUGGUGCCAAAGAGAAUUCGCACAACAAGGCUCGAACAUCUCCGUAUCCUGGUUCAAAAGUCCAACGCAGCCAGGUUCCAAAUGAGAAAGUAGGAUGGUUUGUUGAGUGGCAAGACUAUAAUCCUGUGGAAUACACUGCUGUCUCUGUCUUGGCAGGACCCAGGUGGGCCGAUCCUCAGAUCAGUGAAAGUAACUUCUUUCCCAAGUUUAAUGAAAAGGAUGGGCAUGUUGAGAGAAAGAGCCAGAAUGGUCUAUAUGAGAUUGAAAAUGGAAGACCCAGAAAUCCUGCAGGACGGACAGGACUGAUUGGCCGGGGGCUUUUGGGGCGAUGGGGCCCAAAUCAUGCUGCAGAUCCCAUCAUAACCAGGUGGAAAAGGGAUAGAAGUGGAAAUAAAAUUACCCACCCUGUUUCUGGGAAAAACAUCUUACAGUUUGUGGCAAUAAAAAGGAAAGACUGUGGAGAAUGGGCAAUCCCAGGGGGGAUGGUGGACCCAGGAGAGAAGAUUAGUGCUACACUGAAAAGAGAAUUUGGUGAGGAAGCUCUCAACUCCUUACAGAAAUCCAGUGCAGAAAAGAGAGAAUUAGAGGAACAGUUGCACAAACUCUUCAGCCAGGAACAUCUAGUGAUAUAUAAAGGAUAUGUUGAUGAUCCUCGAAACACUGAUAAUGCAUGGAUGGAGACAGAAGCUGUGAACUACCAUGAUGAAACAGGUGAGAUAAUGGAUAACCUUACCCUAGAAGCUGGAGAUGAUGCUGGAAAAGUGAAAUGGGUGGACAUCAGUGAUCAACUUCAGCUUUAUGCCAGUCACUCUCAAUUCAUCAAACUUGUGGCAGAGAAACGAGAUGCACACUGGAGUGAGAACUCUGAUGCUGAGUGUCGCGGGUUGUAGCCUCAUCUCUGUGUCAGCCAAGUGCAGAAGAGCACGUGCUGAAAAGAAGGCGGUACCACAGAGCUCAUAGGAUAGAUAAGGGGGGCAGGCACGGUCACUUGGAAAUUAUUUCAUUCACUUUCAAAACUGUUUGCAUUUAGAAGGUUUUAAUCAGAAUAAAAUUAGUAAAUAUGAUGAAAUGCAACACAUAAUUUUCUGCUUUCCAGUCAGAAGAAAUAAACAACAUAUUUUUUAUGUAUUCUAUUUAAGCAUUGUUUAAACCAAAUCGAAACAGCUGAUGGUCUGUGAAGAACCAUAACCUGAAUAAAGAUAAAUUUAGGGUCAGCCAUUACUUCUGCCUUCCAUGUUCUUUCUUUUCUUUUUUUCCUGUUGAUCUAGGGUCUGAAGGAUGUUUCUGGCAUAAAUAUCAGGCUCCUUUAGGAGAACACUGCCAGUGUCUAACCUGUCUUUAAAUUAUUUGCUUUAUGUGAUCUUGUUGAAGCUGAUUUAAAAAAUGAAAACCUUGUUUUGACUUCAGAAUUACCAGUUUAUUGAGGAAAUUUCAGUUUAUUGAGGAAAUUGAUCUUGUUAAUAAAGAUCAAUAUCAAUGAACAGCUCGUGUUCUCAUUUUUUAAAAAUUCUGAAUUUAAAAAUAUGUCCUGGAAAUUAGUAAUUUAAAUUGAUGUAUUUAUUUCACUCUACUGUAACAGUAUGUAUCAUAAAUAAAGUAAAAAUACAUGUU